AUGGGGAUUUUUAUCAAGGCCUUUCUCCGAAACAGAAAUUCGACCGAUAUUGACCGUCGAUACUGCACUCGGGAGGUGCCCAUGAAAGUCAUCAUGCUUGGAUUCCCACGUACGGGCACGGUUUCUUUGACAAGUGCGCUGAAAGUCCUCGGUUUCCACAAUGCUUACCAUGGCCGAGAUGCCUUGGUCUUCAAUCCUCGAGACUGUGAGCUAUGGUGGAAAGCAUUGCAGGCAAAAUACGAAGGGAAAGGAAAGGAGUUUGGUCGCAAGGAAUUCGAUCAGCUACUAGGCCAUUGCCAAGCCGUCUCUGAUAUCCCCGCAAUUUGCUUUGCCGAAGAGCUUCUUGCAGCCUACCCCGAUGCCAAAGUCAUUUUGACAGUGAGAGAUGUGAACGAGUGGCAAGCGUCAGUGAGAAAGUCAAUCAUGCAACAAGUCAAAGAUCMAUUGGCGUACCCGAUGCUUCUCUUGGACCAUCUUCUCUUUAUGCCCUGGCGCUGGGCUCGGCCAGUAUUCCUCAAGUCCCGACAUGUACUCUGGGGCGAUGAUUUCGAAAAGAACGGGAAAACGGCCUUUGAGAACCACUACAAGAAAAUUCAAGCCAUGGUGCCACCAGAAAAACUGCUUCUUUACCACGUCAAAGAAGGAUGGGAACCUCUCUGCAGGUUCCUCGACGUCCCAAUCCCUGAGAUGCCAAUGAUAAAUGUGAACGACUCUACAACGUUCAAUAAAGCAUUCAUGGCAAAGAAGGUGUAUCAUCUUACCCAGUAUAUUUGGAGAAUCAUCGAAAUUGCUGGCUAUGUGUCGCUGUUCAUGAUUCUCUGGAUAGUUUAUCAAGGUGGACCGUUGCCUUGGCAUUGA